UCCAAACAAUCGACCAGCCAUGGAAAGUCAGAGCUACUUCCGGCCAGAUGUUCUGGAAGGGCGUGUGGCGCUGAUCACCGGUGGUGGCAGCGGAAUCGGUUUUGAAGUGGCAAAACAGCUGGCCCUCCACGGCUGUAAAGGUGUCCUCUUGAUGGGACGGCGCAAGGCCUUUCUGGAAGAAGCAGUUGAACUUUUGGCCAAGCAAAACAUCAGCGCCGCGUGCUUCGCCGGUGAUGUCCGUAGCGCUGCGGACUGCGAUGGGGCAGUCCAAAAGGCGCUGGAGAGCUAUGGUGCGCUGGAUAUCUUGGUAAAUGCCGCUGCAGGCAACUUUCUGGCGGCUGCAGAAGAGAUAUCGAGCAACGGGUUCAAAGCUGUUAUGGAGAUCGACACCCUUGGCACCUUCAACAUGUGUCGGGCCGCUUUUUCAGCCCUGAAAGAAUCGGCCUUCGGUGGCGUGGUGACCAGUAUUACUGCAACGUUGCACUACACUGCCACCUGGUACCAGACAGCACCUGCAGCUGCUAAGGCUGCAAUUGACGCGAUGACCAGAAAUCUAGCGUUGGAAUGGGGUGAAUUUGGCAUCCGCUGCAACUGCGUAGCGCCAGGGCCCAUCGCUGACACACCAGGUUUAGAAAAACUCAGUGGUGGCAAAGCCGAUCAAAUCUCUUGGGAUCACAUUCCUGUAAGGCGAGCAGGCACGAAGGCAGAGAUUGCCUCUGCUUGCAUCUAUUUGUCGUUAAACCGCUAUAUUACUGGACAAAUUUUGCCCGUGGAUGGCGGAGAGUGGUUUGGAAAGAAGCCCAUGAUGCCACGCGAGAUGGUGUCCAAGAUCUCCCGAGGAGUCGAGAAACAGUCUCGCUCCAUGGGUGCCAAAUUGUAAGAACAUACAGGGCCUAUAUAAAU